CCGUCAGUCACGGGGCGGGUAGCGGGGAGUCUUGCGGCUGUGGCAGGGCCAGGGGCUCCUCCAGGGCCCAUGUCAGCGCCGCCGUCGUCCAAUCGCCACAAGCGGUCUGCUUCGAUUGACGUGUCCUCCCUGAUUGCGACGCGGGACGGCAUAGGGCCCGCGAAGGACUACCUGGCGCCGGCGGCCUCACAGUCGCCGGCGGCUGCCAGCCAUGCGCCUCAGGGCCACCUGUCGCCAGAACGUCGGUCGCCCCUGGCGCGAGAUGGCGGCACAGGCACCGGCACUGGCACUGGCAAUUUCAUGAUGGGACAUAAGACCGCACCGCCGGCGUUGGAGGCCUUGCGCCAGAAUCACCCCGGCAUGUCGUUGGCCCAAGCGGCUUUGGCGGAGUUUGAGGAGGAGGUGUUGGAAGAGGGGUAUGAUGAGGACGACGAGGAGCCUGAAGACGACGAGGACGGCGACGGGGGGGAGAUGGAGCCGGCCGUGGACGAGUCGUUGAAUUCCGCAGCCGGCAUUGAUAGGCUGGGCUCCGUCAUCUUGUCUGUGGCCCUGCCGCUGGCGGCGCAGGGCUCCCUGCAUCGGCAGAUGUACGUGUCACAGCAGCAGCGGCCGCCGCUGACGAUGACGCCCACGCAGCCCCAGCAGCCCCAGCAGCAGGCACCAGCGGCGGGCUGCAGUCCUCCAAACCACAUUGGCCAUGUCCCAUACGAGCCACAGUACUCGAACGAGCCGUCUCUAAGUUCCAUUCCGUCUCCGACCAAAGACGGCCUGGUCCGCCCCACCUCCGAGACCUCCUACCCUUCGUCUACCAGUGGUGAGGGCAGUGGGUGCUUGGAGAGCGCUGCGGGGCCGGCGUCUGGGCCCGUACCAGCUUUCCCCGCCGUGCAGGAAGCAAACGGCAGCCUGGCCGCUGCUGCCGCCUCCGCUGGUGUUGGCGGGGGCGGGGGCAAGG